UCUGGCCUCCGCGCAAGUCGGCCGUGAGCGAGAGAGUCGCGAUCUCCCGCGCAGCAUCGCAUCCGAAAAGCGUCACCGCGAACCCCCGAGACAAGUUCGAGAGCAGAGUUUCCCGAAGUGUCACGUGGACGUGGAGUUUUCCCGACCCGCACCCGGCUCAACACGUGUUCCCGGCCGUUCGACGGCUCCGGUACCCUCGUUUCCGGUGCCAUUCCUCGUUUCCGGUAGGCACCCCCGUUUCCGGUGCCAUUCCUCGUUUCCGGUAGGCACCCCCGUUUCCGGUACCAUCCCUCGUUUCCGGUGCCCUCACUUCCGGGCCCGCGCCUUUCCCGCCAAAAGGUCCGAUGACCGGAAGGACUGAGCCGUUUCCGACCUAGCGAGCUUUUUCAAUUUUAAAACGGACUGUUCGGGAGAAUUGAGUUUUUUUAAACGCGUGUUUUUAUCGUCUGACGUAAUAGCGUGUAUUUUAGAAAUCUGUUUCGUGAAUUUUAGUGAUUUUGUGCGCAUCUUUACCUCGCGGUGUGCGCGAAUCAACUGAAUUCCGGAUUACCUGCACUAGGGUCCUGAUAAUUUUGACAAUUUUGAAAAAUCCCAGCCGGAAAAUCUACGAAUUACUGGAGUUUUCUACUUUUCGGUUCGACUAAAGCUUGGAUUUUGGAAAUCCUGUCCGUCGAACGUAAUUUUAGAAUAGCGAUCUUCGUUCUAAACCGGUUCCAAUCACCCAAACGGCAAAUUUAACCGAAGUUGCCGCGUGUUAAAACUAUCAAGUGUUUAAGUGUGUAAGUGCAUUUUUUUAUUCGCGUGUUUUUGAGUUAAAUCCGCGUCCUUAGUUUUAGACUCGCUUUAAUGUGAUCAAUCGUACUUAAACCCUAACAAUUUUCCACUAUCGAAAAGUGGAUUUGAAACGACCCCGGCCACCAGUUCCAACUUCAGUUUGUGCAAAUUCCUAACCUCAAAAUUAGUAAAAACCAACUCUGCAAUUCAUUUGCAAGUUGCUGGAUUAUACAACGGUGCGCGUGUUCCUAACCUCAAAAUGUGGACGUACAUAGCCUCCGUACUCUUCCUCCCCCUGAUGACAUGCGCCUCGGCAUCAUGGUCCCACACAAACCACAUGAUCUCCAACACAUACAACCCCGUCUUCGAGGAGACGGCCGAUUCCUACACAACGGCGUUCAUCAACCUUACAUACAGGGACCCGGAGACAGGUCUCCUACAUACGGAGAAAACUGAGAUGGGGAAGUACGGAGAGUACCACGUGGGUUUCGCCUCUGGGCUUCUGGUUCAUCUCGUCUCCGAUUCGGAGGACUGGGAUACCACCGGGUGUUCGCUUCCCCUCCGGCCCUCCGAUGGGGGGGAGUUCCCCCCGAAGGGCACCAAGUGGAUCGCGCUCGUCAAGCGGGGUGCUUGUAACUUCCAAGUCAAGCUGGAUAACGCUUAUCACUACAAUGCGUCGGCCAUUAUCAUCUAUAACGACCGGGAGACCACCAGUUUGGAUAAGAUGAAGCUUUCUACCAGGCAUAGGAACCUGAGCGCAGUAUUCACGUUCCGAUGGAAGGGCGAGGAGCUAGCGCGGCUGCUCGACAACGGGACUCGAAUCCACGCGAGCAUAUCCGUCGCGAGCCACUGCACGAAACCCUACUCCAAUAUUAACAGGACCUCGGUGCUUUUUGUGAGCGUCUCUUUCGUCGUGCUGAUGGUGAUGUCUUUGGCAUGGCUAGUAUUUUACUACGUUCAACGCUUCAGAUACAUACACGCCAAGGACCGAUUGUCGAGAAAACUUUGCUCAGCCGCAAAAAAGGCACUGUCGAAAAUCCCCACUAAACACAUAAAGAACGAUGACAAGGAUUCUAAUGGAGAGAUGGAGUGUUGCGCUGUUUGUAUAGAAUCUUACAAAUAUUCAGAUGUAGUAAGGAUUCUCCCAUGCAGGCACGAAUUCCAUCGUAAUUGCAUUGACCCAUGGCUUUUAGAGCAUCGAACUUGCCCAAUGUGCAAGAUGGACAUUCUAAAACAUUACGGAUUUGUGUUCACCGGUAGUCAAGAAAGCAUUUUACACAUGGACCUAGAAGAGAAUGUGAAUUCAGAUUCGGAGCAGUACCGCAGAAAUGUACAGCAUACGAUGCAAAAUUUAAGUCCUUCUUCGCACCAAAGACCUGCCUCAAUGCAAGCUAACCAAACUAGCCAACGGAAUGUAUCGCCAGACCCUUACCACCACCAGCGGUAUCAUUCGAACCAGUACAGCCGGGCCUCCACACCGGAUGAACUGACACCCGCUUUACCUCUUCCUCUUUGCUCAAACGUAGAGCUCGUCCAUCAAAGCGUGAUCGGUCGCAGCAACUUCCACCGGGUAGCCAGCGACAGCGACUUCUCCUGUCGAGACACGCCUGUCCCUCUAAGGCGCUCUAUCUCCUUGGACACGAUCGACAUUGCCACCACUGCCAGCUCCAGCACAGCCACUUCCAGUCCGGCCAGCACCCGACCCGCCUCCUAGGAUCAGCGACGUCUGCGCGACGUCCGAACAACGUCACAUUUGACGUCAAGUCAAACCACGUCGCCAUCGUCGUCCACGAUGGACGUCAUAUUCGACGCUUUGUCGAGCUACAUCGCGACUGCCGUCAUAUUCGACGUCAAGUCAACGGCAUCGUCUUAAGACCGCUUGCAACGGGUCGUCCUUCUGACUGAGAUGGAGACUUCUGGAGUUGAUGACGUCUGCAAAACGUCGUGUUUCGCGUCACCGCUGACGUCAUGUUCGUCAUCGCAGCGUGAUGGUUUAAACUAAAUCGUCCUUCUACCUUUUAUGGGAAGGAGGCUACGAUUCGUGUGAAACCCAAUUUUCUUUCAUUUUAUUGAUGUUAAAAGCUACGAGUCGGUUUGUCUUUCAUAUUGUAGCAUGUUGGCACGCGUCAUUUUAAAAUGGCAAUGUGUUUGGAACCUACGGCGAGAGAAAAAUGACACAUGAGUUCGGUUAUUAUAGGAAGUAACCUGAACCCUCGGUUAAUUCUGGGUUUUCGCGAUUUUUUAAUUGCGCUCUGCAGAGGUGGAUCCAGCAAUUUGGCAACAACGGAUUUCCUCCAUUUAAACUUAUGCUAAAAAAUCGAUUCCUGUUGGAGCAUCUGGCCCCUCCAAGAAUCGAUACAUUUUCAUAGGUUUAAGUGGAGAAAAGACAAUUUUGCCAAUUUUUCUGGAUUCGCCAAUGGUGCUCUGUGUGCUGGAUUAAACGCGGACUGAACUAGCGUCAACACUUCGGUUGGUUAGUGUUUCACUUCCUAUCGUAACAGCAAGGAACCCAAGGACACAAAUGUUUUUCUGAGUUUAAGUUCAUUUUAAAUGAGGAAAUCAUCGAUCAAAUUAUGGAUAUAAAAGUACGAAAGUUGUGAUAGAGUGCCUUUCAUUUGUAAUUUUUUACCCAUCACGAGUCUUGCUCAUCUUGUUGUCGUUGGCGGAUCCAGCAAUUUGGCAACAUCGGAUUUCCUCCAUUUAAGCCUAUGGAAAUGUAUCGAUCCU